CGUCGUUCGUUCCCCUUCCAAACCCUAGCAAGUAAAAUUUUGUUUCUUUUUUUUUUUGCUCCAGAACUCUCUCGAACUUUCUGUGAUCUACCGGUUCUGCCCUUUUACUAUCUCCACUUCAUCUCAACUUCCCUUCCUUUUCAACCUUGAGUCUGAGGGCUUAAGUCGAACAGAAGAGGAGAAAGGAGUUUGAAAACUGUGUGCUUGACUUUCUUGUGAUCUGGAAAAGUACUUCAGUGCGAAUCCAUAUUAGGAUUUUCAGUUUAUGAUAAUUCACGUUUCGUGAAUCGUUAACUAAUGGAUCAUGAAGGCAAAAAAUUUGGAAGAGGACCAAGGGAACUUAGUGGUGCUGUUGAUCUUAUAAGUCAUUAUAAGUUGUUGCCUCACCACGACUUCUUCUGCAAGAGAUCUCUUCCUUUGACCAUUUCAGACACACACUAUCUUCAUCAUCUGGUGGGAGACACUGAAAUUAGAAAAGGAGAAAGGAUGCAGCUUGAUCAGCUUAUUCAGAAUACAUCUCAUAACAGAGAAACUGAUACCCACAUACAGCCUUUUGACCUUGAUAUGCUUAAGGAGGCUUUCCUGCUGAGAGAAACCACUCCUGUUGAAUUGCCAGCUAGUGAAAAAGGGAUUCCUACUAUUGCUGGGAAAUCAAAGAGUGAAGCCAAAGAUAAAGAGAGGAAGCACAAAAAGCAGAGAGACAGAGAUAAGGUGAAGGAUAAAGAGCAUAAGAAGCACAAGCACCGUCAUAAAGAUAAAGAUCGAAGUAAAGAGAAAGACAGAAAAAAGAAAGAGAGACGUGGGCAUCAUGAUUCUGGUGCUGAUCAAUCAAAGAAGCACCAUGAAAAGAAAAGGAAGCAUGAUGGAGACGAAGAUGUUAAUGAUGUUCGCAGACACAGAAGAAGUAAGCACAAAAGCUCAAAACUUGAUGAAGUAGGUGAAACUAGAGUAGCAGGUUAAGGUGUUGGCAUUCUAUAGCUCAUUUGUUGUCUCAGGUGGUUGAAAGUGUGAAGGUGUAUGCUUAAUGUUCUGUCAUUGCUUGAGGUGAAUGCCCGAAUGUUGUUCUUUUAAUUAUUUUUAUUCUCAUUUUUUCUGGCUCCUCAUUGUUAAGCAAUUAGGAAAUUUAUAUGUGAAUAUAACCCAGAUCUACAAUGGUGUUCUUCGCUUCCCUAUUGAUCAAACACUGUGUUUUAAGGUACAAGAAGGAUAAUUAUGAACACAAAAUAUUUCAUUGUAUUGGCAGAGGGUUAGAACUGUACCAUUAGUUGUAUAAUGAUUUUGGUACAAUUUAGAAAAUGUCAAAACAUAAAGUUUCGAUCAUUUUUGCUUGUAGCUGAGCAACUGGGUUAUUAUAGAAUGUAGUUAUCCAACUAUUUGUGGGGGUAAACCUAUUAGUUUAUAAUGUUGUUUUGAUGCUGGUUAGGUUCUCUCUCUUGUUUUUUUAUUUUUGUGUGCAGGGGUAGCUUGUAAACUGA